AUGAUUUCUCCCGUUCCCCUGGUCCUCUUCGUGAUCUCCUACCUUAUUUUCUGUGCCAUCGUGCUUCGAUAUUGUUUCUUUGCCGAUCCAGAAUCAUCAGAAAUGGCCUAUUUUGUUCAAAUUGUGCUACCGACAAAGCUAUGGAACCGAUCGCACAAACUGUUUGGGGACAGCAUCAUGAAAGUCAUGCACAAAAUAAGUGAGCUUUUCAUGGUGUUUGUCUACUUGUUUGUGGUCCUUGGGUGCUGGUGCAUCGUAUUCUUUCAUGUGUACCCAUUUAUUGAUGAGUCCAACAGCGUCUCUAAUAUCCACAAGUACAUUGGGUACUGUGUAUUUGUGGCCUGUUUCGGAAGUUGGAUAGUGACACACAAGUCGACCCCUGGUUUCAUCACACCCAAGACAUUCAAGCGAUAUGAUCAUUAUGCCUACGAUCCUCUGCUGUUCCCACCAGGAAGGCGGUGUCAGUCGACAAACAUUAUCAAGAUUCCCAGAAGCAAGUUUGAUCGAAUCAAAUACAAGGCAAACAUUCCACGAUACGACCAUUUCUGCGGAUGGGUAUACAACACAAUUGGUGAAGAGAACUACCGCUGGUUUCUAUUAUUUCUUGCGGUCCAUGUCGUUAUGUGUGUAUAUGGAAGUGUAGUCUGCUUUUUGCUGUUCCGGGGAGAAAUUCGAGAGAAGCAGCUACUGGAGCUUACUUUCUUUGACCGAGCUACUGGAGAAUCGGUAAAAUCCACUUGGUUCAUUGUGGUGCAAUUCCUGUUUGCACAAGAAACGGCAGUCUGCUCUGUCAUGAUUGUUAUGGCUGUCAUGGCGAUUGCUCUCGGUGGCUUUCUGGGAUAUCACGUCUACAUAACAUCGACGAAUCAAACGACAAAUGAGGACGGCAAGUGGACGGAUGUACAGAGAUGGUACAAGAAGGAAAAGAAAAGGUGGGAUGAAGCUGUGGCAGCUGGUCUCGUCAAACCAGGUGGAACAGAAGAACCACCAAAAGAGAAAAAAGAACCGGUUGUUGGCGAUGGUGAUGUGACUUGCACAGGGGCUUCCACAACCCCUACCGAGCCACAGGAGGAGACAUCACCAGACGAUGAAUACUUUGAUCCCGGUCCUCCUCCAAAGAAUUUACACAACAAAGGGUUCAGGGAAAAUUGGAUGGAGGUACUGUUUCCGAUAUCACUUCGAAAGGACGCACUGAAACAUGGGGGUUACUCGCGACCGCCACCUGGGGCGGCGCGGAAGAAGCAAGGCAAAGAUAUGCCAAGAAAACCUGCACCUCCUCAGCAAAAAAAUAAAGCAACGUAA